AGGGAGGGCAGGCAGCGUGAGGUGAUGACGAUGUCGUUUGCUUCCUUUGGCCGUGUCGUGAGGAGAUGUGGAUAACUAGCUUUUCUAGAGUUGCUCUGUUUCAGGAGUAGAAAAACAGAGAAUAAUUGUUGGGGUGGUGUGGGUCUAUGGUUGGUGGAGAAAAGGCAAUAAUGAGCAAGGACAAAGUGGCUGGUCUGGGUUCACUUGUUGUCUCUUGGACGCUGGGAAAAACAUGCAACACAGUUGCUGCCGUGUGGUAAAGCUGGACAAUGAACCUUGGUGUUUAAUGGUUCACGGCUAGGUGAUAGAAAGGCUAAGGGCCCGAGUUGGCUGGUGACAGGGUGGAGGUCUUGGAGGUGAAAGGCUCAAUAGCUGCAUAAUAACGAAUAAGAUAAAAGAAUGAGAGAGAGAGCGAGAAAGAUAGAAUUGGUGAGUGAAACAUGGAGGAGUUUGAGGGUUGCAGAAAGAAAACAAAAACAACGUGAAAUAAGAAGUAGAAUAAGGACGAGAAAGUACCAAAAAGAAAAGGAAUUUUAGAGAGAGAGAGAGAGAGACAGAGAGAGAGAGAGUACCAUUUGGUUGAGCUUCGUCCUUGCCACCGUCUGGGUCAAGCGCCGUCGAGGAUGAGUGUGGGGUGGGAUUUCGUUUGGAUUAGGAUGGUAUGGAAGACAAAGGAGUAAGAGAACGUGGGUCUCUAAUCAAGUGUAUACAAGUGCAUACUAAAUAUUAUAAAUUGCUUAUGUAGCGUACAGCCAUUGGAGGGCUGUUUAAUGAGGGGGAGCAGCCGGACCGCUCCCCAGGUUUUCUCCGUUUUAAAAUGUCAUAUUCAUUUCUGUCCCGGGCUUCUCUCCAAUAUAAAGCCACUAUAUUCUUCUUCUUCCUCUAGAGCCCAUGAAACCCACUGCUCCUAAUCAAUGGAAAUGAGACUUCUCCCCUGUUUCCAAUCCAUUUACUGCUGAAUUUCUCAAAGUUUUCGAAUUUCCCUUCUCGUUUUUUCGGCUUGGCUUGUCUUGGUUUAUGGUUGGACUUUACUCAAUUGGCUAUUAAUUAGUUUCUUUAACAGUUAGUCUCUUUGCGGCCUUGUUCCUCUGCUUCCACUCCUUCUAUUGCCGUCUCUCUCUCUCUCUCUCUCUCUCUCUCUCUGUUUGUGUCAAUUCUUGAUGUUUCUAAUGGCGUCAUCUGCUUUAGCCUCUCCUCUCUGUACGUGGCUUGUGACUACCUGCGCUUCCGUUGCUUUUGAGAAAGACCAGCUUCCUAGUUCCUCUAUGUUUCACUCUCCAAAGAGACUGAGCCAACGGGUAAGGAGAGAGAAGCUCGUGUCAAAAUACAUUACACGUUGUGGUGCUGGUUUUGCUAGUAAAUUGCUUUCAUGUAAUUCUGGAAUUCGAAAUCUGAUGAGUUCUAGCCUCGCUUUCGAGCCGUGCAACGAGUAUAAUAGUUCUAAAGUGGCAUUAUUCGUCUAUAACCUUUUUUGGUGACACCGGGUUCUCACUUUUCGGGUCAAAGAAGGCUAGGAAUCGAAGGCAAAGGUGCAUAAAUCGUGGUGCAAACUCUGGUAAAUUUCUGUGUUUUUUUUGGUUUAUUCUAAACGUCGUAUAAUGCUCUCUCAUUCUGGUGGUUUUUGUUUUCUCUGUAUGCUAUGUUGUCAUAACUUCAAAGAUGCUUGUAGGUUAAGGUUUGGUUAAUAGGCGUAUAUGUAUGUGUCUGGGCGAGUUUGGAUUCUAGUUCAUGUCAAGAGUUCUUCGUCACUUCUCUUUUUCUACUUUCAGUAUUAUGUACGGUAUUAUUUAGGGAUUUUAACUCAGUUAAUUGCUGCUUGCCUCGGUUCAUAAAAUUGAAGCUUGAUAUGAAUAGACAUGAAAUGCAAUUUCGGUUAUUUUACAUAAUCCAAUGAUUUAAGUGCUCAUGAUAGUAUUUGAGGACGUUCUGGAAAGUUGAUAGUAUGCUAUAUGUUGUUGAAUCUAACUUCUGGCAUAAAUGCUUACCAAACUUCAAGCCUAGGGACUAUUUUGCUACAGUUUCAGGCAAUACUCUGGCAGUGGCCUUGAGUCCUGCAAAUGGGGUCAUCACAGAGGAGAAACAACUUGUAAAGCAGCGGCGGGUUGUCGUGACCAGGAUGGGUGUGGUAACCCCUAUUGGUGACAAUCCAGAUGUCUUCUACGAUAAUAUUCUUGAAGGUGUCAGUGGCAUAAGUGAGAUACAGAGUUUUGACUGUUCUCCGUUUCCAACGGUACAUGUAUCUUUUUUGCUAAUUUCCAGACUAGAAACGUGUUGUCUGUAGGUGUUGAUUCUAGUAAUCUUCCUAGAAAUCAAGUAUUUCUCACCAGAUGGAUUCACCAAAACUUUCAAAGAGGGCAGACAAACUCACUCUUUACUCUCUCACUGCUGGGAAGAAAGCAUUAGCAGAUGCUGGCAUCACCGAGGAAGUUCUUGGAAAGUUGGACAAAAAUAGAUGUGGAGUUAUUAUUGGCUGCAGUAGCAAUUCACAAAGGAUGAAUAAAAUACAGCGAGCAUAACGUCUAAACCAAAUUCAGGAUUAGAAAAGGCAUGUAUGUUGCCUGUCGGAAGAACUGCUGCAUUGGAUCCGCCACAAAAUACCAUGUCCUGGAAAUGCCCACAAAUUAGAUAGCAGUAUUUGGCCUAGUCACCAUUUUAGGAUAUGAAAACUCAGUCAGCAGAAUGAAGAAAGACAAUCGACCACACAAGCUUUCAAAUCAAUGUAGAACACUAAUGCAAAUUCUACUUAAUGUUUGCAUAGGACUAAGUUGUAAGUUGUGCACUUACACUUUCACCUCUCAUAAUAUGGCGUGAGACAUUCAAUAUACAAAAGUUGCUUGUUGCACAAGCUGUAGAGAUUGAAUAGUUUGGACCCAUCCAUCCCUGCAAUUCACUCACUUAUGAACAUCUAGAAGGUUGCAGCAACUAUCAGCUCUUGACUUGUUCUAAAUUUCUAGCAACACUGUCAUCGAACUUACCAAAUCCAUUGCCAGUAUAGCAGAACCAAUAUUCGUUGUCCAAAAGGUAUACAAAAAGGAUUCAUUUUCCUGUAGGAAACCUCCAGUGCUUCUAUUGCAUCAUGAAAAAUCUGAUUCAAUUGUCUUAUUAAUAUAGAUGGUGUAGAAAAAAUGAGAAUGGAAACGUGUGUUUUUAAUGAAUUGAAGUCAUGAAGCAAAUGAUGCGGCAGCAACAUGGAAUGAAUCUCAUGCUCUCUACUUCCACUUACCCUCAUGCCUCCUAGCGCAGAGCCAAUAAUACUAUUCAUUAAAAACACACGUUUCCAUUCUCAUUUUGUCUACACCAUCUAUAUUAAUGAGACAUUUGAAUCAGAUUUUUCAUGAUGCAAUAGAAGCACUGAAGGUUUCCUACAGGACAAUGAAUCCUUUUUGUUUACCUUUUGCGACAACCAAUAUUGGUUCUGCUAUACUGGCAAUGGAUUUGGUAAGUUCAAUGACAGUGUUGCUAGAAAUUUAGAACAAGUCAAGAGCUGAUAGUUGCUGCAACCUUCUAGAUGUUCAUAAGUUAGUGAAUUGCAGGGAUGGAUGGGUCCAAACUAUUUAAUCUCUACAGCUUGUGCAACAAGCAACUUUUGUAUACUGAAUGCCUCAGGCCAUAUUAUGAGCGGUGAUAUAGUGUAAGUGCACAACUUACAACUUAGUCCUAUGCAAACAUUAAGUAGAAUUUGCUUUAGUGUUUUACAUUGAUUUGAAAGCUUGUGUGGUCUAUUGUCUUUCUUCAUUCUACUGACUGAGUUUUCAUAUCCUAAAAUGGUAACUAGGCCAAAUACUGCUAUCUAAUUUGUGGGCAUUUCCAUGACAUGGUACUUUGUGGCGGAUCCGAUGCAGCAGUUCUUCCGAUAGGCAACAUACAUGCCUUUCUAAUCCUGAAUUUGAUUUAGACAUUAUGCUCGCUGUAUUUUAUUCAUCCUCUUUGUGAAUUGCUACAGCAGGCUUGCGAGGUUUUUUGGCAUGCGGAGCUCUUUCACAAAGAAAUAGUGAACCAACCAAAGCCUCCCGCCCCUAGAAUACUGUAUUGCUUCUAAAUUUCUGUCGUCUUCUUGGAUCAUACUUUGAAUUUUGAUAUUACUAAAUCAGAUUCAUAAGCUCUGGUUCACACUUUAAUGACAGCUCAUAUAUGAUAGUAUGUGAAGUAAGGCUAAACUCAUAAGCUUCUUUUCUCAGGUUUUAAGAAGUUGAUAGGAUUCCUUUCCCCCUGUUGUAGGGAAGGGGAACAUGCGGCUUAGAAAAGGAAAGAUAUGACCGGUUCUCUCGCUUUUGUGGCAUUGGCAUAGCCCAUAAAAAUUGAUACAGUUUCAUAAUGUGUUGUCGAAAUUUGUGCUCUCCAAAUUACAACUCAAAUGUAUUCUUUGCCUUAUUUUUAGAGCAAAGGGAAGACCAAAAGAGCGAGCUGACUGGUAAAGAAAAUGUAACAGUAAUUUCUGAAAUGAUUAUUGAACCAUAUUCUGUCACAUCACUAUCAACUAAAAUUUAGAAUUUUAGAUUUCACGUUCGUAAUUAGGCACUUCAUCUUCUUCUACCUAUAACUUAUUACUAGAGAUACAAGUUUGUCUAUGAGCAGAAGCGGGAUGGGUUUGUUAUUGGAGAUGCUGGGGUUUUGCUCUUAGAAGACCAGUAGAGAAAAGAUAGAAAGGGAUCCGGGAAAAGAUGAAGUCUGAUUCUAUACACCAGUCAACCAGCAUUAUCAGGGUAAUCCAAAAGACUUGAGAGUACCUACCAUCAGGAUGGGGCUUAGUCAUGGGAUAAUCAUCACAACUGACACUUCCACCUAGAAAUUCUGCAUAGAUUUUUGCACCUCUUCUCUGUCAUAUUUAUAAUAAAUGUAACAAAAAAGAAUUUAAGAUACUAGAACUCAACAUACGAGAUAUUGAGGCCAUUUGGGAAAAUGCAAAAAAGUUCAUUUACAACAAAAUACCUUAGCAUGUUCUAGGUUUGUAUCAAGUAAGCUACCUAUACAAAUUCAAAUCGGCUAUUUUUCCAUGGGGCUGGCUAGCUUCCCAGGUUUUGCUGGGAAAAUUAUUUUGGCUCCUUAUAUUGCAAAGUGCGUUUGAUCCGGAUGAAGGUUUAAACUUACGGGCACUAUUUUAUGCCUGAAAUCAGGGACUGGGAUUGUUGUGUGCAUAGAGAAGGCCUUGGCUAAUUCUGGAGUAGCUAAAGAAGAUGUUAACUACAUAAAUGCAUAUGCUAGUUCGACAUCAAUGGGUGAUCUGAAUGAAUACCGAGCCCUAAUCCAUUGUUUUGGAAAAAAUCCAGAGCUAAAAGUAAACUCCACAAAAUCCAUGACUGGUCACCUGUUAGGGGCCUCAGGUCCUGUAGAAGCUGUUGCAACAGUCAAGGCAAUACAGGCAGGAUGGGUGCAUCCAAAUUUGAAUCUUGAAAGUCCUGAUGAAGGCAUGGACAUGAAUGUGCUUGUCGGCCCCAAGAAGGAACCUUUGGAGAUAAAGGUGUCACAGUCUAAUUCAUUUGGCUUUGGCGGACACAAUUCAUCCAUCUUGUUUGCACCUUAUAAGUGAACUUGAUGUGUAAACUCAACCUGAAACUAAUGAGGAUUGAGCUUAAUUAGAGUAGUUGUUUCGGCUAAUAUUGAUAUGUUGGAAUUUGAUGGGAAAUCCAUCCGUACAGUAAAAAUGGCA